UAGCGUAACGUGUUUAUGCUCAUGUUCAGGCACGAACACGACUCCGUGGGUGUGAAACAGCUGACGGCGGUGAGGGACAUCAGAGCCUUCGGUCGACUGGUUAAAGGCACCACAGCCCAGGCUCAACACCAAGCCUCGCAUCUCCUCGGUCAGGUCCAGAUCAACAUCAAGGAUGUGAGUGAGCGGGGCCUCAACGGAUGGUAUCCCUUAGAGAAGAAGAGCGAGGGAGAGGUUGCUAAGGAUCGAGGAAGCUUACAUCUUGUAGGCUCUGUCUCCUCCACAGCUCAUCUUGAGAACAAAACUCGACAGUCUUAUGAUUCAUUGUUGGCUCGUCUUGUUCACCAUCAUGUGAACACAGCUACAAACAAAGAGGGGGACGAGUGGGUGUCACCUUGGAAUGGUGUACUCAGUGGCAGUGCAACUGCAGCCUUGGCUCAGUACGCCAUAAUGUUGGGCUUUAACGAUGAAACGAUCCAGUUAUCGAGGUGGUUGGUGGGCAGCCGUGUUUCCACGGUGGAUGCUGCCUGGAGCCUAUCCCAGCUUCACCGGGUGCAGGCAGCCCUGGCCAAGAGUGCUUACCAAGGCAAAGACCUCGAUGAUCUGCGGUUGUCUUUCUCAAGCUUCGUGAGAGCCAGUGCUGAACGUAUCAAAGACCUGCACGCCUCAUUUCCACCAUCGUCCGGAGUUUUGGCCAAACAUCAGCUCACCUACACAAUAAAGGCUUUGCACAGUAUGCAGAACCACAGUGAAAGCCGAGCACUGCUGGAUGAGAUGGAGCUUCCUCACCUACACGAGUUAGUCACCUCCAGCCUCGCAACUCACACCAAGACCUGGUGGAAGACAAUGGUUGAGGAACAACUUUCUGCGAAGAGGACCUCGGACGAGCAGAUCGCAGGAGUCAUCAACAUUGUUGCUGAGUCCAACACCUUCCUCACUCACGCUGCCAACUUCUACAACAGCAUCUUCUUAAAGGAGAUGAACAUCCCGUACAUGCAGACAACGUACUUAGUGGUGAGCAAGAGAGUAAACCCUUGUGUGCGACCACUAGUUCUUAACAUUUACAACCGCAUGCCACCCAUGCAGGAAGCUUGUGAUAACUCCCAGUAUGCCCUGGAAGUGGGCACGUCCCUGUGGCAGCUCUACAGAAAUCUUAGUCUCUUGCACAAGUUGGGUGAGUCACUGCCUGCUGAGGUUCGAGUAGACUCAGGUGUUCGGGAGUACCACAGAUGGUUCUCACGAGGGGUAAUGAGGUGGCUGGAACUGGCCGUCUGUCGCGCACUGGAUCUCAUCAGAAGGGCCGUUGAUCUGGACCGUUUCGAGCCUGUGGAUGCCUUUUGCAACUUCAGUUCCUCAGCAACUGAUACCAUUGAUAUAUUUCAUGGUGUGAAGGUGUGGUGGUUGAAGCUGGCGUGGCCGGACCCAGAGAACAGUGCCCUCCUGCUGGCUAAGAUGCUCGAAGAUAUCUGCUCUUGUGGGAUAACCUACUCUGACCUCCUCAGGAAUAAAGUGGACUCUAUGUACUGUAGACAAGACAAUUCCAGUCGCAUCUUCAUCACCCCGCAGAUCUGCAUAGGGCUUAACAACAUCGAACGAGUAAGAAGGGAACUCACUGGUCUUCCUAGCCACUUCGGCUUCGAUUCUCUGCUGGAGGAUAUUAAAAACACCGGGAGUGGCAAUGGAGCCGCAGCCCAACUUGAGUCCACCGUUGAGAGACUAAUCUUCAACGCAGCGGAAAAUAUGGAAACUAAAGUCAACGAAUUUAUCGAGACCGUGAUAGAAAGGAUGAGACCAACGCUGGACAAGGCAGUGAAUGAGGCUUGUGAUGUGCAGAGUGCAGCACCAUUCCUGGAGGAGAUGCUGGACCCUGCCAUGGGGCUUCUCCGUGCUCACCUUCACUCAUCUAACUUCAACAGGUUCAUGUGGCGCGUGUGGGAAACUGUUAUUGAAAUCUUCCACGAGACUGUUAAGAAAAGUACUGAGAGAAGAAGAGCACAUUACUUUGGCGGAGUACACAGUAUUCUGAAGGCAACGCUGAAGUUCUUCACACCAGAUAAUGGAAAUGGCUUAGAUGAGAAGGCAGCUGAAACUCCUGAAUACACGGAUCUCAUGGAGUUACUAGAGAGCCUCAGAAUGUCUACAGAGGCUCUUAUCUCUAAGUAUUACCAAGAACGCUAUGAAGAGCAGAUGGAAGACAUUCUGCCAUGCAAAGCUCAGCUUGUUGCAAAGAUGUUAUUCACUCGUCCUGGAAAGCUGAUUGUGGAGGUGAUCAUGGCUCGAGACAUCGUAGUGGAGAGUGACACCUGCAGCAUCAGCUCCCGCGGGGGAUCACAUGGUGCUUAUCACAACCAGUCUGUCGAUUCCUACAUCAAGGUGCAGCUGGUGCCGCAGGAGUGGUUCCCUACUGCUGGUGAGCGCAAGACGAGGACGCAGCGUAAGCAGGACCCAGCUGUCUACGAUGAAACCUUCGAGUAUGACAUGAACAGUACUGACGAUGGUGUCCGCGCUGGCUUCCUCUUGCUCACCCUCAAAGAUUACAACCUGGGUCGCUCCAACACCUUCUUAGGGGAAGCUCUCGUACCCCUGGCAGACCUUCCAUGUGUGGACUCCUCGGAAGUGUACACAGUCCAGAAUACUCGCCUCAAGAUGACCACUCCAGGCCUAGACAUAGGAUACAAAUCCCUGAGAGCAUUGCAGUUCAGGACGGCAGACAAAGUUGCUUCGACAUUCCUCAAGAAAAUUUCAAAACGACUAGUAGAUCCCAAAUCCAAAAUGAAUACAUCACUUCGACCAGACGAGGAGAAAUCGAGAUCGAAGAGUCCCACCCUAAGAGACAGACUGAAGUUUUCUUGAGGCUAAAGUGAUAUACGUUACACAGAAUACCAUGAGGUAAUAGACGCUUCCCCAGUAUAGGGAAGUUAGCAACGACUCAAGUUCGGAUCCUCAUAGUGGAAUCUGAAACCAGGGCAGAGGCAUUAAAUCACAGCAGAAGGGGAUCUGAAUGUCUUGAAGAGUAACACUGUCACUAAUGAUUGGCGUUGGUCUGCUUGAGUUACCUCACAAAAUCAAACAUUUUAUAACCCUUGGAUUUAGAUGAUAAAGUGGCUCUUAUUGAAAGUUGAGCUUCAAAAUACGGUGUAAAAUUUUUUAACACUGAUUUUUGUAUACGUAAAUCCAUUUUUUUACAAAAUGCCCAAAUUUUCUAAGCUUUCCUGUAUGUCUAUAAACAGAGGUGUGAGAAGAGAGGUGAGCAGACAGGUGUGAGCAGCAGCUCUGAAUAAGAGUGUACAAUACUCAGGCUUGUACCCUUGCGUAUAACUUAACAUUAAGAUAAUUAUCUUAUCUUCUCUAGUCUCUCAGUAUUACAAGAAAACCUGUUUAUCCAAGAACACGUUUCUCUUACCAUGAUAUAGGCAGAGAAGAUAUUUCCCGAGUGCUGUGUCAUGUUUAUAGAUUUUUUUUUGUAUAACAUACAUCAAAUAUUUUUCAUAAUGCAUCACAUUUAGAAUUUCAUUCUUG